ACUCUCGAUCUGUGAUUCUGCCUCUGCAAACAGCCCAGGUUUCUCCUCCCCUCCUCUGCAUCUGCCGCUUUACUCCUGCUCACACUCGCGCUCACUUUGUCCUCUCGCUCUCCACCCUGCGUCACAGCCUGCAAUUCUCUCAACUAAACCCUGGGAUUGACUUUUUUUAGGGAAGGAGUUGUGUGUGAGGGGAUGUAGGAGGUGUCUGAGUCCAGCGCUGGAAGCUAAGCCAUCCAGGAACAGAUGCAGGGAAAGUGACGGCACGUGUGUGUAUGUGGGUCUUCUUCUCCUUCACUCACACUUCAAGGCACUUUCCAGGAUACUAGCUGUGUCCUGCUGUCCUUUCAGUCCAUCACACAGACUCACACACACACACACACACACUCAAGCUCCUCUUGGCUUUAGGCUAUUUACAUCAGGCACCAUUUCGGCCCCGGCCAGAGCGACCCUGGCCACCCAGCCGCUCCCGCGCCUCGGUCUGGGCAGGAAGAGCCUGGCAGCGGCGGCUGUAGGUGUUAUGCUGCUCCUGGUGCUCGUGGUGCUCAUUCCGGUGCUGGUGAGCUCCGUAAGCACCGAUGCCGGCCAGUAUGAGAUGCUGGGUGCCUGCCACAUGGUGUGUGACCCUUACUUGAGCAGCAAAAGUGCCGUGACAGGUCCAGCGGGCACAGGGUCUGAGGCACCGCCGCCACCCUCCACUCUCGUCCAGGGGCCACAGGGGAAGCCGGGACGGCCGGGCAAACCCGGACCUCCAGGGCCACCCGGGGAGCCAGGCCCCCCGGGUCCGAUGGGGCCCCCGGGGGACCGAGGAGAAAGAGGGGACCGCGGCACAAACAGCAUUAACGGAGCUAUCAGCACGGUGACAUACAACACACAGCCACGUGUUGCUUUCUAUGCCGGGCUCAAGAACCCACACGAGGGCUACGAGAUCCUCAAGUUCGAUGAUGUUGUCACCAAUCUGGGCAACAACUAUGACGGCGCAUCGGGAAAGUUCAUCUGCAGCGUGCCUGGCACCUACUUUUUCAUCUACCAUGUGCUGAUGCGUGGAGGUGACGGCACAAGCAUGUGGGCUGACCUGUGCAAGAACGGACAGGUGAGAGCAAGUGCCAUCGCUCAGGAUGCAGACCAAAACUAUGACUACGCCUCCAACAGCGUCAUCCUGCACCUGGACGCCGGAGACGAGGUCUACAUCAAACUGGACGGAGGCAAAGCCCACGGCGGCAACAACAACAAAUACAGCACUUUCUCCGGUUUCAUCCUGUACGCCGACUGAGAGCAGUACUGCAGAGCUCAAGGAAAGGACAAGAAGAAGACGAGGUAGACGAAAACGACGGGACGAAGGCGGCUUUGUCAUCCCAGCGCUUUUUUCACCUCGCAGGAUCAUCCUGUUGCAUCAACCAUCUUUUUUUUUUGUUGUUGUUGUUGGCAAAACUCUAGUAAGAGACUCUCAGUGGACCCUCAGAGGGGGUUCUUUCUGCUCUAUGAAUCACCUUAAUGACAAAAAAAGGAAGAAAAUUGAAAAUGUUGUGAAAAAAAAACCAAACCUUUCCUUUCUUCCUGUGAGACUCCUACAGGACUUUCAAAUGGCAGAGAUCUUUAUUCUCAUCGUCGCGUGUUAUACGUCUCCCCGUCUCCGCAUCUCAUCUCCCGUCCAUAGAUAUUUAUCUACGAGAUACGAGAAUGAUCCGAGAUGUCUGUCCCUUGUGGAGAAAAAGAAAAUUAAAUAUUUUUUUGAAGGCUUGCUUUAUUGACUAAAGAAUCGUUUGAGAUUGAGUUAAGCCUAGUUAAAAACCUAUUUCAGAUGAUUGAAAAUUAUUGUGCAUCUUGAAGAUUUGUGCCAUCCUUAGCGCUUUUUUGGUUCGUUUUCUUUUUCUCCCAUUUCCUGAACAACUGAAGAUCGCCGGUCGUCGUUUUUCAGCGUGUCGUGCUGUGUCUGGUGCAGACGUGUGACUCGUGACAGAACAUUAUCUGUAAAGAAUGUUUCAGAAACACAAAUGAAAAAUCUUUAUUCUUUUAUUUAUUUCUUUUUAUUCAUCGCUUAGACGAAUAAUCCUCUCUACCGUGACACCAGGCCCAAAUAUUACAAAUGUCAUUUUCCCUGUUAAAUUACUGGCAUGUUUAAAAAAAUAUAGAUUUUAAACCACGGGUUCUCAAACUUUAUAGGGUUUUUUCCCAUUAUUAGACAUUUAUUUCAAAAAAAGCUGUUCAAAUAUUAGGUACAUUAAUUAAACAUGUUCAGUAAUAUUUUUAGCUGUUUAUUAAAGUAUCGAAACAUCCGAAACAUCAUUAAAAUAUCGCUACAGGGUUUCCCAAAAGUCUCCAUACAGCGGGGAAAUUAUUACUGUUGUUUAUUAUUUUAUAAAAUAAAAUUGGCUCCACGUUUGACAACAGAGUCAUGAAUGAUGUGUUUCCUGUUCAAGUAAAAAUGUUUGUAUAUUUUGCUUAACAAAGAAUGAAUAAAUUCCCCUAUAUAUGGAGACUAUUUAUUUAAUUGUCUCACAAUACACAAUCAUAAACACACUAUCCGCUGAUGUUUGCUCUUUUUUUUUUUCAAAAUUUAUAUUUCUAUAUAUCUAUCUGAAAAUGAAAAUAAGCCAAUCAGAUGGUAUCACCUGAAAGCCCCGCCCCCUGAUCUCACCCGCUCUCUAUUGGACACACAGAGCAAUCUGACGACUUAAAUAUAUUGAGUUCAUGAAUAAGUGUUAAAAUCUAUAACUGCAUGCUUAAAAUAGAUAAAGGUGGUCAAGUAUAUAGCAUCUGCCCGGUGUAUUCAUUAGAGGCAGCUGUAAAACUUGACUUGAUUUGACUUGACUUGAAAAAACUGCCUUAAAAUAGUCAAAAAUGGAUUUAAAUAUGUCGAGUUGAGUGGACAUUAGACAACCGAUUUGUAUAAGGAAUCAUUCAUUUUUUUUAUU